AUGAACUUUUAUUCUCCUGUCUUAAAAAACCAAAACCAAAACUGCACUGAAAAUUCCUUCUCAAAUAAUAUCUCUUGGGAAUUCGAAGAUUAUGUUAAUUUCUUCAAUGAUGAUAUCAAUUCCAGCAAGAACUCACAAUCACUAACAAAUGAAUCAUUAUUAUUACCAUCAUUAUCUGCUGAAUCCCACUCUUCAUUAUCCAAUACAACUUAUACACAAGUGAUCAAAGAGACACAAACAUCAUCAUCCUUACCACCACAGCCAAUUAAAGAAAGUAAUAAAAGGGUGUUUAGAGGUAUAAGAACAAGGCCAUGGGGGAAAUUCGCGGCGGAGAUAAGGGACUCAACAAGAAAAGGGGCUAGAGUAUGGCUUGGAACAUUCAACACGGCCGAAGAAGCUGCUUUAGCUUACGACCAAGCCGCUUAUUUAGCAAGAGGUUCAUUGGCUGUGUUGAAUUUUCCAGAAGAAGUAGUUAAAGAAUCACUCAAAGAAAUGUCUAGAAAUUCUAAGCCUUUGGAAGAAGGUACUUCGCCUGUGUUGGCAAUAAAGAGAAAACACGUAAUGAGGAAAUCACCCAAUAAGGUUAGUAAAAAAAAAAUUAAAACUGAUCAUCAUAGUGAUCGAAUUCAGAGAGAAACCAAUACUAAAUCUCAAAAUGUGUUUGUGUUUGAGGAUUUGGGUUCAGAAUAUCUGGAGUAUUUAUUGAGCUUGACAUCUUAG